AUGUUUGCUCUUUUGCGCUCAAAUUCGUUCGGCACUAUUGUGAAAACAGUUCGCCGGUGCCUCCGGCCGCAGCUCCGUUCUUACGUCUCGCCGGCGCUAAAUCAAAUGUUGCAGCUUCAACAAACGGAGAUAUGUGCCGACCCGCCCUCGCGCGGACUAGUGUUGGGUGUGUACGCCGACGAGGAGGACAAAAAUGAUACGGGUAUUCUGACACCGGCUGCCUGGCGCUACAACGUCCAAAAGACGGCCGGCCGUAUGUUGGAGGUGUUGCGCAUGUCGGGGCCCAUGCCGAUGCGUGGCGAAGCACGAAUUCUGUUCGCCGUCGAGCCAGAGAAAAUACCCUACUACUCGGCUGUGGCUGUAGUCGGACUAGGUAAGGAAUGUUUGGGGUAUAAUUCCUAUGAGGUGCUCGAUGAGCAAAAGGAGGCGAUACGAAGGUCUGUGGCAAAGGCGUGCAUGGAGUUGGCUUAUCUCGACACCGAUCGCAUUGAAGUUGAAAAUUGUGGCCACGCUGAGUCAGCCGCAGAGGGUGCUGCACUUGGUAUAUGGGCGUAUCAAGAAUUGAAGGAGUCUAAGCGCCGUAUUGCCAUUCCUUCCAUUGACCUGUACACGCACAAGGAUGAGAUAUGCGACAUUGAAGGUUGGCGUAUUGGGCUGCAAAAGGCGGCCGCUCAAAAUUUAACGCGCCAGUUACAGGAAAUGCCCUCGAACUUGCUGACGCCCACAGCAUUUGCACAAACCGUUGUCGAGGUUCUAUGUAAGUCGGGUGUGAAUGUGGAGGUGAAGGUUGAGGGCUGGGCAGAGUCGCAAUCAAUGCAUGCAUUUUUGUCGGUGGGCAAGGCCUCUUGUGAGCCGCCGAUAUUUUUGGAGCUGAGCUACUAUGGUACUUCAGCUGAAGAGCGACCAAUCGUACUGGUGGGACAAGGUAUUACCUACGAUUGUGGUGGACUUUGCUUGAAGCAGAUGCAGGAAUUAUACCAUAUGCGAGGCGACAUGACAGGAGCGGCGGUGGUAGUAGCUGCCUGUAGGGCCAUUGCCGGAUUGCGUUUACCGGUGAAUAUUCGGGGUUUGAUUCCGUUGUGCGAAAAUGUUAUUGGCUGCAACUCCUUCCGACCCGGCGACUGCACAAAAGCCAUGAAUGGAAAGGUUAUCGAAAUUCAGGGUACAGAUCACGAGGAUGUGCUGGUGCUGGCCGAUGCGCUUCUGUACGCCCAAAAUUUCUGCCCCAAAUUCAUCGUGGACAUAGGCACACCCUCGGGGCAGAUGCGACAAGCUCUGGAUGAGGCUGCGUGCGGCAUUUUCACUAACUCGGAAAUUCUUUGGCAGCAGAUCAAACACGCCAGCAUGCACACCGGUGACCGGGUAUGGCGCCUGCCAUUGUGGAACUACUACACCAAACUAGUGACGAACAGUAAUGCCACCGAUGUGCAAAACUACGGAAUCGGACGCGGGGGUCGUCCGUGCAAGGCGGCCGCGUUUUUGCGAGAAUUUGUCCCUUGUGGACAAUGGAUGCAUAUUGACGCUACUAACGUUAUGGUGACCGACGGUGAGGCCUUCGAAUACAUUCGCAAAGGCAUGGCCGGGCGACCAACUCGCACUUUGAUUGAGUUUAUUGCUCAAACCAUAUGUAAGGAUACAGCCCCAAAAUUGAAUCCCAAGAAGUAGACGAAGAUGACACGAUGACUAAGGCGACGAAGACGAGCUGAGUAAGGACUGGGCGAUGUUUGAGUUUUUUUUCCAAAAAUUUAUUUGUGAUCGUACUGUUUUUCUAUUAACAAAUGCAAAUUUUUUGUUUAAUA